UUUGUGUAAUUUCCCUCUUACAUUCGUUGUUUUUAAUUUUUGAUUCGAUGGAAUUUUUUUAUAUUUUUUUGGCAGCUUCCCAAAUUACCUUGUUUAGUUAAUAGAGAUAGUAAUCAACUAUCGCAAUAAAUUUAUUUUUCACAUUUCUUAUCGUCUUUAUGGCCAAACCCGUAUUUUUAUAUACCCAAAAACUAAAAAUAAUAUAAACCGCGAUAGGUACGAACAAACACUUAAAGAGAAAAUGACAAAAUGAUUCUUGACAAAAUAUAGUAAAAAACGAUUUUUGGAAAAAUUAAAAUUCAAAUAAUUUUUGCUUAAAAUCAAUUCCCCUUCGAAUAAACAAUUUCUUCAUCUUCUUAACAAAUUCUCUUCAAUUUCCUCUCUCAUCUCAGUCAAUAUCCACCAAAGAUUUUUACGAUAUUCGAGAGAAAACGAAAAAGACCGACAAAUCCUUUUCAACUUUUUAUUAGCCCUUCCUCCUUAAGGCCUUUUUAUUCUUCUUAAUAAUCUUCGUCACGGCUAAAAUGAAGGAGAAGAGGAACGUGUGCACGAAUCCCCCUUCCGCACGAAUCCCCCUUCCCCCCUUCACCCCCUCUUCUCUACACCCUUCAUUUCCCAAAAACUACAACCAAACAGCCUUUCUUCUCAAUUUUCUUCUUUCUCUUCAAAAAUCCCAGCGGGAGAAAAUAAAUAACUUGCGAGCGGUGUUUGUAUUUAGUUUUUGUUGA